UGUUACUGGCGGAACUUUCAUGAACAUUUAUGUCAACUUCAAAUCGGCCUUUUCAUAAGAAUUUUUUCAUAACGUUGAAAAUAUUUCGUACGUGAAGGAAUAAAGACCGACGAAAAAAUUAAGCUGACUACGCCAGAAUGGAUGGUGACGUUACACUGCAUUUGAAUUUCUUCGUGCUCAAUCGGUAGGAGAUAGAACACGACUUGAAUAACUUCAAGAGGAAAGUCAGCCAGUAAAUACCAGCAAAACUAUUGUAUUUCAAUUAUGGUAUAUCUGAGAUAGUACAAACAAUAGCCAGGAGCGAUAGAGAAAUGAAUAGCCGUUUCGCAGAAUUUUCCCUCUGUUAUCAUUAUUGAUAAUUAUAUAAUAUAAUCAUAAUUAUUACUCACUAAAGACCGAUGUAAAUUGAGAAUUCAACGAGGAAGAUAAAUACAACAAGGCACAUCCACUGGAGCUAUUUUGUUCUUACUGUUCGGAUUUCUAUCCAGUUGUUACAAUAACGCAGUGUCGAUAGAAACUCUUUCCUGAAGAGAGGAAAUUCUUUUUUUUUCCUCUAAUUCUCUUAGCAUUUUUCAUAGAUUGCCAGAACAGCUUAAAGGGUUAAAUAACAUAUUAUUACAAACGAGGCGUAUCGUUCAUAAUGGAAAAUAAUGUUCUGCAACGUGAUGAGAACUCCACAAAGGUUGAAGAUGAGAACUUGACAGACACCGAAGUACCUGACGUUUCGUCACUUCAUAUAAAGUCACGAUUAAGUCCCCAAACAAUUUGCGAAAAUACUGAUAAACCACGUGCUAAUGGAUUACAACAAAUCAAUGGAGUUUAUGCAUCUCCAAAAUUAAAUUUCGAUUCGCAGACACCAGACACACCUAGGACUGUCGACACUAGUCGUUUGAAUCAACUACUUACAGAUAAAACGGAAACCACGUGCAUAGAAAAUGAAGAUAGUGACAUAAUCUAUGUUAGCUAUAGUAGUGAAUUACAAAUGCCAGACAUUAUGAAAUUGAUUCAAAAGGAUUUGAGCGAGCCUUAUUCUAUUUAUACGUAUAGAUAUUUUAUUCACAAUUGGCCGAAAUUGUGUUUUUUGGCAAUGCACGAAGAAGAAUGCAUUGGAGCAAUCGUCUGCAAGCUUGAUAUUCAUAGGAAAGUGAUAAAACGUGGUUAUAUCGCGAUGCUAGCUGUCGAUGUUAACUACAGAAAACGCAAAAUAGGUUCUAGCUUGGUACGUAGAGCAAUCCGUGCUAUGGUUGAGGAUGAUGCUGACGAAGUAGUACUGGAAACUGAAAUAACCAACAGACCGGCGUUAAAACUGUAUGAAAAUCUUGGGUUUGUCAGAGAUAAAAGACUGUUUCGUUACUAUCUCAACGGUGUUGAUGCGUUAAGAUUGAAACUGUGGCUCAGAUGAAAUUUAUCCGCGUGUUCGUGUCAAUCAGUUAGACUUUGAAUAAUUAGUUUUGAGUUGAAAUUCUGAAUAUAGGCAGAUAUCUUCGGAGGAAUUUUUGACAUUACCUAAAUGUUGAGAACAAUUUGUUUUCUGUCGAUGCCUUUUCAUGUUUGUGGCGUGAUUCCGCCUAAAAUCAAUUCAGAAAGAAAAGAUGGGAAAAAUCAGUUCCAAGCUGGACUUACUGGAAAGAAUUUAAGAUAUAAAUAUCCAUUCAUCAAGUGAACCAUCUGCUUGAAAAUACUACUAUCAGUUCAGGGUAGAGUGAAUUUAAAUUUCUUAUGGUCUGAUGGAAAAAUUGUGGCUGUGAGAGCCAUCAAAGAAUCAAUAGAUCUCUUCUGGAAUACUGUAAUGACAGCGUAUGUCAUAUGCUGUUCAAUCUAAUAACAGCUCGAUAAGCAAAAAAUAAAACAUUUGGAACGUCUCGUGGAGAUUUACACUAUCAAAUUUUACCUCGGAUGCAAAAUGAACUUUUAAAGCAGUUCAUUCACUCAUUAUUGUCUAUGUAAUAUAUUGUAUGCAAAAAGUAAUCAAAUUGAAGAACAUUGGAACUGGGGAAAUAUCGUAAUGUAACAAAAGUAUGUCUAAAACUAAUAAAGAAGCUAAACUGUUUUUAUCCACAGA